UUUUUUUUUUUUCCUGAUACUAGCAGUGUUUUAGAGGUAAAAUGAUUCCUCCGAGCAGCACGACUGAAGUCAGCGUGGAUAGUGUGGAGAAGGAGAAUGAAGUGGAGAGCACAGAGCAGCCCCCCUCUCCAGCAUCAACUACCAGCCAGGAAUCAAAGCUGCAGAAGCUGAAACGAUCUCUCUCCUUCAAGACAAAAAGCUUGCGGAGUAAAAGUGCAGACAAUUUCUUCCAGAGGACUAAUAGUGAUGUGAAACUGCAAGUAGACUUGAUGCCUGAGGUGAGCACAAGCACUGGGCAGCUCCCCAACUCAGAAAGCCAGGCAUCUUCGCCCACCAGAGCCCAACAGCUGUCAGAAAACAACAAGACUCACAUCUUCCAGGAGCACAUCUUCAAAAAACCAACCUUCUGUGAUGUCUGCAACCAUAUGAUUGUCGGGACAAACGCUAAGCACGGACUGCGCUGUAAGGCUUGUAAGAUGAGCAUCCACCACAAGUGCGCAGACAGCAUCGGACAGCAGCGCUGCAUGGGCAAGCUGCCAAAGGGAUUUCGACGGUACUACAGCUCACCACUGCUCAUCCACGAACAGUUUGGCUGCAUCAAAGAAGUGAUGCCUAUUGCCUGUGGAAAUAAGGUUGACCCUGUGUACGAAACUCUCCGCUUUGGGACUUCUUUAGCCCAGAAAACCAAAAAGGGAAGUUCUGGAAGUGGGUCUGAUUCUCCUAACAGAAACUCUACAGCUGACCUGGUAGAAGUUCCGGAGGAAGCCAAUAGCUCUGCAGGCACCCUUGACAUAAGCAGAAAACGCAGCAACAGCGUGUUUACAUACUCUGAAAACGGCACAGAACACUUUGGAGAAGAACCAAAAAGUAUACAUUCCCCGGGAUCAUUUUAUAAAAGCACGUUACAAAUGAACACCUAUGUUGCCUUGUACAAAUUUGUACCACAAGAAAAUGAAGACUUGGAGAUGAGGCCAGGGGAUAUGAUCACCCUUCUGGAAGACUCUAAUGAAGACUGGUGGAAGGGGAGAAUUGAUGACAGAACUGGAUAUUUUCCUGCUAACUUUGUUCAGAGAGUGCAACAAAAUGAGAAGAUUUACAGGUGUAUCAGGACAUUCAUUGGCUGCAAGGAACAGGGACAGAUAACUCUGAAAGAGAACCAGAUUUGUGUGACUUCUGAAAAGGAACACGAUGGCUUUAUCAAGGUAUACAGCGGGAAGAAGAAAGGCUUUGUCCCCACAGAUGUCUUGGAAAACAUCUGAUUCCAACAGCCCACUCACUGCAGUGGGAGCCCUUUGUUGGCAAUGCCUGUCUGCCUCAUCUCACACUGUGUCAACCCAGAUGGGCUGUCUUGCAGAUGUUCAGGGAAAUAGUGAGAAAACUGCAACAACAUGAAGAAAAAGACAUUUAGACUGCCACAGCAACACAAAAAAUAUGAAAAGUUGAAUGUUUGAAAGAAAAUGUAGUCAGAAACCACCAGGGAAAUAAGAGGUCCUCGGAUUCGAACAGGAAUAAGGUAAGGGAGGGAGAAAAACAAAGCCUGGGCUGAUUUCGGGCGCAAGAUGGCUGCUACAACCCUGAUGGAGACAGACAGCUUGUUCUGAAGGACUAAACUGGCAUCCUGUUCUUGUGUCUUAGAAAACUGUUGGACUGCUUUCUUGUUUGAAGUGUGUGUUUUGGGGGUGGGGGGAAAAUACCGUUCAAACUGUCCUUGUACUACAGUCCAAUGCUUGUAGUAAAGUGUGGCUGUGGUUCUACAGUUUUGUCCCCAAUACCAACCGAGUUUAAUCAUUUAGUCCUGUUGUUUAGUCUCAUAACAAAUCAGUUUGGAGACACCGUGUGAAUGUCAGUUCGAGAAAUGCACUGUGCCCUGGAAGCUGGCAACUUUCUCUUUCUGUGCAAUCUUCCCAUAGGAAAGAGUAGCGAAUUUGUGUGUCCUUUGUUUCCUCUGUAUAUGAACAAAAGCUCUCAGCGUAUGUUGGGUGUGUUUUGGCUGCUCUCAAAGGUCAAAAAUUUCUGGUACUUGGAUUCACAAGUCUGCUUGGAAGCAUCACCCUGUGUUUCCUUCACCCUUAUCUGAUGAUACAGAAAAUGGGUAAAGUGCUGGGAGACAGCCACAGGCUCGAAACAUUUUAUAUUUUUUCUGUGUUUAUUGCACUUAAAACAUUUUAUAUAUUAAUCCUAUUUAUAAAAAAUAAAACAGUUAUAUAACCCACUGGAAGGCUGAAAAUGUUAGGAAAGGACAGGCUGCACACAGGACUGAGGUCUGUAAUUAUCACAAUGCAGAACUCAUGACAGAAAGGCACUGAGUAGCCUCAUGGUGUAUUCACACACCAAAGCUCUCUUCUCCAUUUUCUAAAUAGAAGUUUUGCAGAUUCAGCAGUAGAUACACCAAUGUAAAUUUUGCCUUGGCAUAAACCACCAUGAUCAUCCCUUGUGUCUUUUCCAUGCUAGUGAGACUGUGCAAACAUCCAUGUUUUGUCCUUAUAAGCCUCCAUCUUCAAAUGUGUUCUGGGCACAAGAACCUUGCAGUACUGGGGAGCACUCUGUGGGACCUGUGAGUCCUGACUGAAUUACACAAGUCAGUCAGUGCCAAUUAUGCUGUAGAGCAGGAGCCCUAUGAUAUUUGAAGACAGAGAACCUAAUUUCCAAGUAUUUAAUUGGAUGUAAUUGCACCAAAUACACUUAAACAGCUUAGCAUGUAUUAUGACAUAGAGAUUAAGCCCUAUCCUAAAGCUCCCUGCUGAAUUCAUGCCUUCUUUGACUAGCUUGAAACUGAAUGCCUGUCUUUUCUGUGACAAACCACAAAUUGGUGUCCUAAAUCCUGAUACUGCAUGCCAGGCUAGUAUAGGCCUUUGCAAAGCUGAUGCCCUUUCUUAAAAAAGCAGCUACUGGUCCUGUUCCCAUAUAUUGAGUCAGGUUGAAUCUGUGCUGCAUAGCCCAGGUCUCAGUAGCUGAGUUGCCCUAUUUGAAAAGCUGAUCUUGCUCAAAGCCCUGUAAAAUCCAAGUGAAUUCUACACUUGGCCAGAAGUUCUCAGAGAAGAUUGGUCUUCAGCCUCUCAGAGACAUAUUUUGCAGCUCUUUUGCAUCAUUUAGUUGCAGAGGAAGUUGCAGGGCUGCCAGAUGCUGAAACAUGGACCUUUGUAAUGCAACCAGUCCAUACUGAUUAUUAACAACUCCUGGCUGAUCAAAAGUAUCUGAUUUCAUAUCUUCUGUGGGAAUAUUAGCAGGGGUUUUUUUCCCACUUCAAACAACAUUUGUUCAGCUCAUUUUCAUAAGUUAACAAUAAACUCAGUGGGAGAGGAUUCUGAUAAUCCUUAAGGAUCAAGAGGAAAAGUAGUAGAGACAUAUUAAUCCACUCUGCUUUAUAAGAUUAUUUUUUUAAUAUAUAUUCACCCAUUCAAAGGAAAAACUCAACUGUUUGUUACAACUAAAAUAUUUGCUACUUUUGAUCAGGCCUGUCAAGUGGACAAAAGGAAAUCUCUAUUAAUCUAUAUAUAUGUGCUAUUGUUUACAUGAUUGCAUCAUACUGUGAUUCCCCCCUUUUUCCACCUGCUAUGACUUUGAUUUAUCCUUACAAUGUGCAUCAUAUUAUUCAAAGAAUUAUAUGAAUAUUACCUACAAAUCACAAUGGCCUUUAAUCAAUGUCAGUUUUAUUCCUUUUGAUACUGAGCAAUAAAUAAUAAAGUGACUGAGUAAAAACAAAACAGGCCUUAUGUGGACUGCAUUACAUCUGAGAAACUAUUGCUUCUGAACCAAAGCUUUCAUGUUUAUCUUUUCUUUGUGGUUUUGGUUGGUUGGUUGGUUGGUUUUGUCUUUUUACUGGGCUUUUGCUGCCAUUCAAUAUGUAGAUGUAAUUUAUGCCUAAUUUAGCAAGAGGUACAUAUCGUACAUGAGUCUUACUUUAAGCAUGUGAUUCAUUGGCUAUUUCCAUGCUUAAAGCUGAAGUACUUUGCUAAAUUAAGGUCAUUUUACUCAAAUUUAUUUUGGAUGCCUUACUCUGAAUCCAGACAAGUAUCUCAUCACUUUUUUUACUACCAUAUGCAGUUUGCAAUAGGUACUGUGUUAGCAAGCAGUUAAAAAUCAGACAGAAGAUGGAAUGGAUUUUAUCUGACAUAUGUUCAGAAAAAUUGAAUUUUAGAAGAUAAAUGCUGCUCAGAUUUAAUUUAAUAUUCUGCUUAAUAAAGACUAUGUGAUGGUUGGAAGGAGAA